GCAUCAAUUAAGAAUUUAAAGGAACGUGGUGGCUCAUCACUUUUGGCUAUUAAAAAAUACAUCAGUGCUACAUACAAAUGUGAUUCUCAAAAAUUAGCACCAUUUAUUAAGCGAUAUUUGAAAUCGGCUGUUACUAGUGGUAAACUUAUUCAAACUAAAGGAAAGGGUGCAUCCGGUUCGUUUAAAUUAUCAGUGGCUGCCAAUAAAUCAAGUAAAUCCGGUGAAGGUAAAUCGAAGUCAAAAGCGGUAAAAUCUAUCGAGAAGAAGCCCAAAAAGAAAUCGACAGAUGGUGUAGCGUCAAAAAAGAAGGCAGCGGUUGGCGGUAAGAAAAUAAGUGGCGAGAAAAAAGUGAAGAAAACAGCGGAGAAGAAGAAAAGU